GAGAAAGAUUUAGAAUUACUGAAAUCAUUUGAUUUAAAUCAUGAAUUUGGACCAUGUACAGGAAUAACAAGAAUGGAGAGAUGGAACAGAGCAGAUAAACAUGGUCUAAACCCACCUCAAUCAGUUUAUGAUUUAUUAUCACAACAUUCUAAUGAUAGAGAAUAUACUCAAAAGUAG